GAAUGUGCGGUCAUGCGAUCCCCUGACAUAAAACCGCGGCCCGUCCACUUACCGACUCCUCUCCAGCAGCGGAGGAAAAAUUAACAGAGGGUGACUCGUCACUGUGGCGCCGACGACCGAAAAAAGAAAAAAAGCACAGAUUCCAAGACGGCGCAAUGGGAACCAGCCACCGUCUCCUAUUGGUCGCGAGUCGAUGGAACGGACCAAUGGCGAGCCUCCAAGAGCCAAGAGAAGGCAACUGGGAGACCUCAAUAUCUCUGGAAUCAUCAGACGCUUCCAGGUCUCGAGCGGGCCUGGAACACACGCCGCGGUACAGCCUCAGGCAUCGGGUGCUCGUAUGUGCCUCAGUGACACCUCCUGUCCUCUGCGGUUGUUUCCUAAGUUCCUUCGUGCCAUGGAAAUUUGAGUGAGUGCGUGCGGGAGUGCGUGCGAGUCCUGAGUCGUUCACACAUUCAAGAUGGGUGGCGACGUGUCAAGGAACGGCAAGAUCGGCGCCGGGGUGGUGUUGUUCCUAGUGUUGGCGGUGGUGGCGGUGCUGACGGUGGGUUCAGCGGUGGGCUGGUACGAUGAGGAGACCACCAAGACCCUCGGCCCUCUCGCGGGACAAAAGGAACGGCUUGAUGGCGGAAGCUUGAAGCCAACACAAGUCGAGACCUUCACUGAACCUCGAGCACCCUGGCGACCCUACGAGGAGGAACAGCACGAAAACCAGUAUGUAGACAGUCAGACUUCAGGACUCUUCGUGCCUCAGGAGGAAUGGGCGGAUGAAAUCGGGGUAGGUGGGCGGUGCGGAUGCAAUUUGUCCACUCUGGUCCACUUAGUGAGCGCCCGCAUCCCUCGUGGACCGCCGGGAGCGCCAGGCAGGGAUGGCAACCCGAGUCCCCCAGGCCUGUCGGGUAAUCCAGGACCACAGGGGGAGAGAGGAAUGCCUGGACGACGAGGGGAGAAAGGAGAGCGAGGUGAGGUGGGAUCUCCAGGGCCUGAGGGAUACCAGGGGCCAAAAGGAGAGCCAGGCGUGGACGGUAUCUCAGGUCCAGUAGGUCCCCGAGGCCCACCAGGACCCCCAGGACCACCAGGAUGGACGUGGGGAGACAGCAGCUCCAAAAAGCCUGGUUGGAGGCACCCUAGCAAUGGAUACCAGUCCCACUUGGAAGGCGUGCACCCUGAGGUAGUUCCCCUGAUGCCCUCAAGCCGCCCAGGUCCUCAAGGGUCUCCUGGCAUCCCUGGUGAAGUGGGUCCAAGGGGUCCUCGUGGCUACCCAGGAGCAAAGGGCGAGACAGGAUACAAGGGAUCUAAAGGACAGAAGGGAGAAGAGGGGCCACAAGGACCUAACGGGCGCCUGGGCAACAAGGGGACACGCGGACCUCCCGGUGUGGACGGUCUUCCAGGGACACCGGGACUUAAGGGACAGAAAGGGGACCGUGGGCCGCGGGGACAUGGGCUGCCAGGUCCGAGAGGUCCACCAGGAGAGGGAGGUCGAUUCUCGCAGGAGGAGGUGAGGACAAUGGUGCUGUCUACUCUGAAGGUCUACGUGGACACCAACCCGACGGAGAGAACCAGUCUGAAGAACCUUGCUCGCAAGAUCGAACUAGUUAUGUCCAAGGGCGUGGAUGGGACCCCAGGACAGCCCGGCAUGAAGGGAUCCAAGGGGGAGGAGGGACCACGGGGACCACUAGGACCCCCUGGACAUCCUGGCAGCUCUGGACCUGUGGGUGAGCCAGGAGAGCAGGGCCCCAGGGGUAGGGACGGGCGGACAGGACAAGGUGAGGCCGGAGCUCCUGGACCCAUCAUGACCACUAACGGAACCAUCGUCGAAGUCAAGGGACAGAAGGGAGACCAUGGACACAAGGGAGAUAUGGGCACUAAGGGUCCCAUUGGUCCUCCAGGCCCCCCAGGACCCCCAGGGAUGCAGGUGGGACAAGACCGCUUCUCCAUCGCCCAAGACACCUUCGACGUGGCUGGCAUCAAGGGAGAGAAGGGAGACAGAGGCGCGCCCGGUCCACCUGGUCCACCUGGAAACAGCCUAGGCACUAUGGACCGCGUUUCCUAUACCAGCGGGGGAGUCUAUGGUCUCAUGCCCCGUCCCCGCCCCCGCCUGGGUCAGAACGACUACGGCAUGGACGACGACAACGACAGGCCCCUGAUGGGUGAACCAGGGCUCCCAGGCUCAGAGACCCCAGGACCUCCAGGUCCCCAAGGUGAACCCGGACCCCCAGGACCCCCCGGCCCUCCAGGAGCCCCCGGACAGUCUAGCGGUGACCCACAGCUGAUGCCAGUCCCAGGACCACCCGGCCCACCAGGCCCCGCCGGACCACCAGGACUCAGCACCUCCCCUCACUUCAUCCCUCGCAGAUACGACUUCGGGUUUGGCCGAGGCUCCUCAGGAUCUCCCCUCCAUGGCGAAGGUGUGUUCAGGUCCCUGCCCGCCGCCUCCACUGUUGGCCUCGGUUUGGGUUCCAGUCCGCCCCUCUCCUUCACGUCCCGCCAGGCAAUGCUGCAGGCGUGGUCCCAAUACGACCGAGGAACGCUUGCCUACGUGCUGGAUGACGACUCUUUGUUCCUGCGUGCGGCAAGAGGCUGGAGGGAGAUCAUGAUGGGAACAGACUUGGCGCCACAGAAAGCCUCGCCCAUCCCCACACGUCCACCCUCUACCACCCCUGAACACAACCCUAACGUAGAGACCCUGCCCGAGGAACUAGCCACCGACCACAGCACCGGCGGGAGGUCCUGGUGGAAAGAACCUCUUACCACGGACACUGAGAGUGAAGAAUGGAAUCUGAAGGAGCUGCGUGUCGCCGCCCUCAACGAGCCAGGGACCGGGGAUCUCCACGGCGCAGGCGCGGACUACACCUGCUACAGACAGGCACGGACGGCGGGUCUUCGGGGCACCUUCAAAGCGCUGCUAUCAGGACCCAGACACGACGUGGCUUCACUGGUACGCUUCGCAGACAGACAGCAACCUAUUAUCAACCUCAGGGGCGAAGUGGUCCUGGGGUCGUGGCGUGACGUGGUGGCUGGGGAAGGCGCACAGUUUCUCGAGCAACCCAAGAUUUACUCCUUUGAUGGACGCGACGUGAUGCAGGACCCGAACUGGCCUGUCAAGUACGUCUGGCACGGUUCAAAUAAGUACGGCGAGACUUCCCACAACUACAACUGUAACGCCUGGUCCAGCUCCUCGGCUCGGGUCUUCGGGAUGGCUUCGUCGCUGGCCUCGCUCAAACUCCUCGGCCAGAAGAAGGUUCCUUGCGAUAACAGACUCAUCGUUCUCUGUAUCGAAACAUCGAGUACUCUUCCGAAGAGAAGGAAGCGGGAGGCGUCGACGGAGGGAGAGAGUCUAGACCAGGAGCUGCAGGAAGGACUUCAGUUUGAUUACCAGGAUCCUGAAGGAGAGGUGGAUGGCACGCCGUACGAGGGCGAAGAUCAAGAGGGCCAAGAUGUAAGUGGGAAUGUGGCGUCGUCUUCUUCCGGUGAAUCUGUGACCACCGCUGAAGUUGAAGACCACGUUGAGGUCUACAAAAGAGGAGAUGGACAGCAAGCCAAGCCACCGAGCCUCAUAGACGACUUGGUUUACGAGAUCUAGGGAAUUAAAAGAUCCGUGACGUGUCCCUCCCUAAUCUUCGCGCCAUGUACAGAACCCCAAAGAUGUUUCUCGUCCGUACGUACGUCACUUUUCUCUUAUUGUACGACUUCCCUCAACAGAGCACGUUUGGAGCAACACGGGUUUGUCGCAGAGAAAAGAGGUGCUCGCCUGCCUAUUGAUCGCCUUCGUCAUCUUGUCGUCUGGUAUAGCCUACAUACAUAGCUGCUCUGUGUCCUGUUGCCGCGCGCUGCUCACUUUUGACUCAUCAUGUACCGUGAAUCGUCGUUGCCUUCUGCAGCUCUGGUAUCCUACGUCCUAUGUUUUCUUCAGGCGACGAACUCAAUACCUCCAUGCCGUUUUCUGUUCCUUCACGGUUCCAAGUCUUCCUUCACCACCACAUCUAUUUUGGUGCCUCAAUCUCGCGUCAGUUACCUCGGUUUGGCAGCGAGAGGAGCUCCAGGCCCAAGACGCUGCUGGAAAACACUGCUCCUCCAGGUGUCUUUAGCGGCACACGAUUCCUUCAUGCAGUAUACACAUCUUCGUCCUCAGCACCUCAGUGGCCUCCUCCGUGGGUUCCUCCUUCAGGUUGAGCACCGUCGCCAAUCUGUAAGGACACGCACCUGUCCGUGAUGCUUCCGUAACCAAGUCUUCCAGUGUGAUAUUGCCUUGUCGCGCCUCAAGCAACUCAUGUCUUCCAGUCUGUGUAUAUACUAGACAUAACUAUAUUUUACUCACACUAGGACUCACCAUGGUGAGUCUCAAGGAGUCUCCCUCUUUAUCGAUUUUCAAGUAUAGCACUGAUUUCCUCCUAUUGUUCUUCAGAUAACUUAUAAAGACUACUCUUAAGAUUAGCGCCAUUUGUAUACGUGUUUCUGUUGUCCGUGGUUGACAAGGGACUGGUUUGCGACUUUUCAUGCAAGCUGUCUCUCGCUCCAAGAGAGAGAGAGAGAGAUAGAAGAUUCUAUUAUAAUUAUACUAGUUUUGCGUCCUUACUGUUGUGAAUGCGCAUACAUGCACACGUUCAGCCACUCCAUACACACACACACACACACACACACACACACACACACACACACACACACACACACACACACACACACAAUGGCUUUAUUUCAGGAAUGUGACACAAAUACACUCUAGUACUGCUCUAUACGAAGGUGAUGCAUUAGACCUUCUUAUAUAGCAUUACGAUCUGCUGUAAUAGUAAGAGGAGAUAAUGAUCUUCCUUUUCUACAUUAUCAUUAUUUUUCUUCUACAUGUGUUACAAAUUACUUUUUGCUUGUCAACACAUCACGGAACAAAUAUGUCCUGGAAACACGAAUGAUUAAAACAGCUGUUACAAGUA